AUGGCGACCUCAGACGUCAAACCCUCGGAGAAGAUCUAUGCCCUCAUCGACUACGAAGACCCCUACGUCCAACCCCUCAUCAUCGCCGCCCUCAGGAAACGCCUGCCAAACUCAUCCUACGAGUUAAUAUCAUCCAUCUCCCAGCUUCCCAGCCCAUCAUCCCCCCUCCUGCAAUGGGUCCAAUACGAAUCCAUCGACUUCGACCACCUCAUGGAAAACUCCUCCACCAGCCUCUCCAACGCCUACAUAAUCCGCAAAGCCCUAAUCCGGAAACACUACCUUAGCACCACCAUCGCGAAUUGGAUUACCAAGUACCCGGACAGCGUACUCAAGAAACACGUGAAACCAAGUGUGGAGUUUGAAGUCGACUACGCCGAGUUUUUGGAUGAUGCGCUGGUUGAAGCGUGGGAGUUGAAGGAGAGUUGGGCGAGGAAUGAGGGGUUAGAUGGAGAUGGGGAGGCUAAGAAGAGGGAGUGGUGGAUUUUGAAACCGGGGAUGAGUGAGAGGGGGCAGGGGAUUAGGCUGUUUAGUAGUGAGGAGGAACUGACUGAGAUUUUCGAGGAGUGGGAUCCUGAGAGUGAUGAUGAAGAUGAAGAGGAGGAGGAUGUGAGAAGUGACGCCGGCGGCGGUGUUACUGGCAAGGCGGAGGGAGAGCGAGAAGAGAAGGAAGAGGGAAACGGCAUCAUAACAUCCCAACUCCGCCACUUCAUCGCACAACCCUACAUUCACCCACCCCUCCUUCUCACGCCACCCCAUGCCCCUUCGUCAGAACUGCGCAAAUUCCACAUCCGCACCUACGUCCUCGCCACCUCCGCCCUGCAAGUCUACAUCUACCGCCCCAUGCUCGCUCUCUUCGCUGCGCGGCCGUACGUCCCGCCUUGGGACGACGUGUUACAGGACGAUCGCGACGAGGCUAUGAAGGCGCACCUGACGAAUACGUGUUUACAAGAGAGUGGGGAUAGGGAGGGGAGUGUGGGGUUAUUCUGGUCUCUCUCCGACUCUUUACCUGCACAACCAGAUCUCGGUUCCGUGAAACUGGAUGCACAGCCUGAUUGGAAGGACAAAGUGUUUGAGCAGAUCAAGGAAACAACGGGUGCGACGUUUGAAGCUGCGGCGAGGGGGAUGUCGAUUCAUUUCCAGCCGCUGCCUAACAGUUUUGAGAUUUUUGGGCUGGAUUUCAUGGUGGGGAUUGAGGAGGAUGGCGGACUGAACACGUAUCUGCUAGAGGUAAAUGCGUUUCCGGAUUUCAGACAGACGGGGAGCGAGUUGAGUGGGAUGAUUGAGGGGCUUUUUGAAGGUGUGGUUAAUAGGGGGGUUGUGCCUUUCUUUGGGGUAAAGGGAGAGGGAGGGGACAGAGAUGACUCGAUGGUCAAGGUUUUGGAUAUUGAUCUGGGACGGCGGUGA